CGAGCCCCUCAUGACGCUCUUGGCCCGAGUCAAGAGCUAUACAAAUGGCCGGAGCACCCGUGAGGGCGCUGCUUCCUUUCUUGGACAGUCAACCAACCUGCUCUUCCUCUUGAGAUUUGCUGAAUUAUAAAGUCUAUCAAUUAUACACAAUUGGAAAUUCAAACAAGCAUCAGACCAUCAGACCAUAAUGGCGAGUAACGGAAAUGGAACCACUGUGGCCAAGCAUCAAGGCAAAAGAACCGUGAUCGUCACAGGCUCUGCACGAGGAAUAGGAAAAGCAAUCGCUCUCCGCCUCGCAGAAGAUGGUUUCGACGUCUGCAUAAACGAUAUAUCGGCAAACAAAUCUGGCAUUGAAUCCACUGUCAAAGAGAUCCAAGCUCUCGGCCGUCAAUCCUAUGGACAUGUAGCCGAUGUGUCCAAGCUUUCCGAAGUCGAAGCUUUGAUCGAAGCCUCUGUCAAGAAUCUGGGACCUCUCAAUGUCAUGAUUGCAAAUGCUGGGAUUGCACAAGUCAAGGCUUUGUUGGAUCUUACCGAGGAUGACGUGAGGAGAAUGUUUGAGGUCAAUGUCUUUGGGGUCUUCAAUUGCUACAGUGCUGCAGCCAAGCAGAUGAUCAAGCAAGGUAGUGGAGGGAAGAUCAUCGGUGCCGCUAGCAUCGUGGCGUACAAACCUUUUGUUAUGCUAUCUCAUUACAGUGCUUCGAAGUGGGCUGUUCGUGGUUUCACUCAGGCAUUUGCUAUGGAGAUGGCUGAGCACAAGAUCACAGUUAAUGGCUACGCACCUGGAAUCGUCGGUACAGCGAUGUGGGAUCUGAUUGAUGAGGAGUUGGGCAAGAAGACUAGUGUGAAGAAGGGUGAUACUAUCAAGAAGUAUACGGAUGAUUUAAUUGCAUUAGGACGAACGAGUGUUCCGGAGGAUGUGGGCAAGACGGUUUCUUUCUUGGCCAGCCCGGACAGCGAUUAUAUGACAGGUCAGACAUUGAUCAUCGAUGGUGGCAUUAUCUUUAAUUAAGAGAUUAGUACUUCGGAAUGAGACUACCUGUUGUAUUGUAAGCAAGC